AAUAAAGUUAUGUUUAGGAUGUUGGAGAUGGUAUCACGUGACAUCAGAUAAUAAUUACAGGGCAAUGGCAGUGUUUUCCCACAUUCUCCUUUUGACUACAAACACAAUUAUUCAAGUAAUAUUUGUAGGAUCAGUAUGUAAUUAUAACAUUUAAUUUUUUCUAAUUAUAACAUUUUAAAGCCCUCACUAAAUCCACCUGAAAAUAUCUUUAAAAAGGUGUGUUACACAGAGCUGAGGGGAAAGUGUGUACUGAGCAUGUACACUAAACACACCUGAAAAUAUCUGUAAAAAGGUGUGUUACACAGAGCUGAGGGGAAAGUGUGUACUGAGCAUGUACAGACUGAACACACUGCCACAGGAGGAGCUGCAGCGGGUUGAUGGAUGUGAGCCAGUAAAGACGCUAAGCUAACAGCAUCGGAAGCAUAACAUACAGCAGAAACACACACCAUGUCGCUUAUCUGCUAGUUUUAUUGUUUAUAAAAUCCUUCAGUGACACUGAUGUUCAGGACGACGGGAAAAUGUCUGGCUGACAAACACUUACUAUGGAUUAUGAAAAUGUGACUAUUUUAGCAGGAAACAGGAUUCUCUGGACUUUUCUCCUCCUGCUGUGCUGUUUGUGUGCGGCUGGAGAUGAUAUGGUCAAACUGCAGGGAGUGGAAGGAACCAAUAUAACUCUCUGUACUGGGAGAACUGGACUUCAGAGUGAUGCUCAUAUUCUGUGGUUUUAUGGACCUGAGAAAGCAGAGGAAAAUACAUUAAUUGGUCAGGUGUUAAAAGGAGAAACUGUUCCAGAAAUCAGUGAGAGAUUUAAAGAGCGACUGCAGCUGGACAGAACCAGUGGAGCUUUAACCAUCAGGAACGUCAGCAGAAACCAUUCUGGAGUUUAUUUAAUACAAGUCAUUGCUGGACGUCUCACAUCUUGGACUUUCAGUGUCAGUGUUUAUGCUCCAGUAUCAACUCCAGUAAUAAGAAAUGAAAGACGAAAACGAAGUGCGUCUUCCACAGAGCAGUGUUUCCUCCUGUGCACUGUGGAGAAUGGAGAAGAUGUGAAGUUAUCCUGGUACAGAGGGAAUGAGAGAAUCUCCAUCACCAAUAACACAGAUCUCAGUGUUCCCCUCAAUCUCCCACUUCAAAUACAACUCCAUGAUAAUAACACUAACACUUAUAUCUGUGUGUCUGCAAACCCUGUCAGCAAUAAAACAACUUCUCUCAACAUCGCACAGCUCUGUGAUCAUAACUCAGGACAAACUGAUCGUUCCCGUUCACUGCUUCCUGUCCUGAUAUCUGUUGGAGUCUUUGUGUUAUUAAUAAUAUCUGUAUCUGUGUGGCUUUGGCUGAAAAAGAAAAAGCAACCAGCUCACAGUGCAGAGAGACUUACCUUAGAGAGUGACCUCUCCCUUAGCUCCGAGCCUAUUGCCGGCAUGCGAUGGGCCCAGAGGGAGAACCGUCAAGCCCCUGGACAAUCCAGUAGCCUAGGUACUGUACCUCGGUCAGCCCCAGAUGACACUUCCUGGGAAUGGCGGUCAACACAGCCUUCCAGAGCUCUCCCAGGACGUCCCCGUGGUGUUAGAGGUGGGGUUGGAAAGUGGCUGGAGCUCCGUGCAGGCCAAAGUGGAGAACCCGAUUAUGAAAAUGUGACUAUUUUAGCAGGAAACAGGAUUCUCUGGACUUUUCUUCUCCUGCUGUGCUGUUUACUGUGUAAACCUGGAGACGAGACGGUCAAACUGCAGGAAGUGGAAGGAACCACUAUAACUCUCCAUACUGGGAUCACUGGGAUUCAGAGUGAUGCUCAUAUAAUGUGGUUUUAUGGACCUGAGAAAGCAGAGGAAAUGAUAUUGAACAGUCAGGUGUUUAAAGGAGAAACUGUUACAGAAAUCAGUGAGAGAUUUAAAGAGCGACUGCAGCUGGACAGAACCAGUGGAGCUUUAACCAUCAGGAACAUCAGCAGAAAUGAUUCUGGAGUUUAUUUAUUACAAGUUCUUACUGGACGUCUCUCAUCCAGGACUUUCAGUGUCAGUGUUUAUGCUCCAGUAUCAACUCCAGUAAUAAGAAAUGAAAGAGGAAAACGAAGUGUGUCUUCCACAGAGCAGUGUUUCCUCCUGUGCACUGUGGAGAAUGGAGAAGAUGUGAAGUUAUCCUGGUACAGAGGGAAUGAGAGAAUCUCCAUCACCAAUAACACAGAUCUCAGUGUUCCCCUCAAUCUCCCACUUCAAAUACAACUCCAUGAUAAUAACACUAACACUUAUAUCUGUGUGUCUGCAAACCCUGUCAGCAGUAAAACAACUUCUCUCAACAUCGCACAGCUCUGUGAUCAUAACUCAGGACAAACUGAUCGUUCCCGUUCACUGCUUCCUGUCCUGAUAUCUGUUGGAGUUUUUGUGUUCAUAAUAAUACCUGUAUCUGUGUGGCUUUGGCUGAAAAAGAAAAAGCAACCAGUUCCUGAAAAACCUGAACUGACUUACGCUGAUGUGAAUAUUACAGCUCACAAUGCAGAGAGCGUUAAAGAGGAAGAAAACUCGAGAGUAACGCAUGGUGAAGCGGAGAGUGACUCUGUGGUGUAUGCAGCUGUGAAGAAAUCCAGAUAAUUCAGUGUUACGACCCGCAGUGUCCUGCCACUAAUGCCGUAUGACCCAACCUUAAACUGGGUCGUAACAGAUUUGGGGGCUCGUAAGGGAUAGUUAAUAACAGUAUUUCAUGUUGUUUGGUUUUUGUUUUUUGUAUUUGGAACGGGACUGAGUGCCCUUAUCUUUUGAUCGUCGUGAUAUAUUGUGCUUAUCGUUAUUUGGGGAAAUAGUAAUCAUGGCAGGAUUUGAUUUAACUGCUUUCACGCUGUGUCCUACGUUAGAAGAAUUUGAUAAGUGUGGGAAAGAUGAUCUCCUUGUAAUCGCAGACCUCUUUGAUGUUUCCGUCCCGCGAUUCGCCAGUAAAAAGGUGGUGAAAGCUGCAUUAUAUGAGGCACUAGUGGUUUCCCACGCGGCAGAGGCCGGGACGGAGCCUGAGGAUUGGGUGGGCGCGGACGUAGGCAGGCACCUCGUUAGAGCGCUGUUUUGCAUCCGUGGUGGAAGAUUCUGAGUUAGAGAAUCACCCGAUUGCUUAUUUUAUUGAAGAUGGAGUGUUGAUGAGAAAAUGGCCCCCUUCUAGUUCCACUGAGGGUUGGCCGAAAGUUUUCCAGGUGGUGGUCCCUUGUUCCCUAAGAAGUCAUGUUUUAAGUUUAGCUCAUGACCAUCCUUGUUCUGGACAUGCCGCUGUUCGUAAAACUUACCUGCGUGCUUUAAAGUAUUUCGUUUGGCCUGGCAUGAAAGGCAAUGUAGCACUUCACACUUGUCACACAUGUCAAGUAGUGGGUAAACCUAACCAAGCUAUUUCGCCUGCACCAUUACAGCCCACUUUGAUUCAGACAGAGCCAUUUGAACGCACUAUUGUUGAUUGUGUUGGGCCCUUGCCUAAAACGCGUUCUGGUAACUGUUACCUGCUGACACUCAUGUGUGCUGCCACCAGGUUUCCUGAAGCAAUUCCUAUGCGCACUCUGCGGUCUAAGACUGUCAUCAGAGCACUCGUUAAGUUCUGCACUACGUUUGGGUUACCAAAGUAUAUCUAGACUCACCGUGGGCCUAAUUUUAUGUCACAGCUGUUUUCUCAGGUAGUGAAAGAAUUAAAGAUUACCCAUCAGGUCUCUAGUGCCUAUCACCCCGAGUCACAGGGAGCCCUGGAGCGAUCUCAUCAGACUUUUAAAACCAUGCUGCGCUCAUACUGUAUGGAAACUGGGAAGGACUGGGAUGAGGGUGUGCCCCUGUUGUUGUUGCGGUUCGUGAUGCUGUGCAGGAGUCACUGGGGUUUAGCCCAUCUGAGUUGGUGUUUGGUCACACUAUUAGAGGUCCUUUAAAAGUUCUUCAAGAACAUUGGAUGUCUGUGUCACCAAUUCACCAAGGGAAGUCUAUUAUGAAGUAUGUUCAUGCCCUUCGAGAACAUUCAAGUUUAGCUAGAGACAUGGCACGUAAAGUGUUAAGCUCCUCGCAGGAAGAAAUGAAGAAGCAGUAUGACCUUAAGGCAGUGCCCCGAUCGUUUGAUGCUGGCGAUCAGGUUCUAGCCUUACUGCCUGUGCCAGGGUCUUCUCUUCAAGCUCGGUUUGUGGGACCUUAUGACUUUAAGCAGAAGCUAAGUCCUACUAAUUAUUUGCUUAGUACUCCUGAUUGUAAAAACAAAACUCAUAUUUGUCUUAUAAACCUACUAAAGAAAUAUCAUGCUCGCACCGCAUCACCGAAAACCUAAAUUGGAUUCAUCUGUGAUUCCGGUAGUUGCUCUAGCUGCCGAAAGCCAUGUCGCACCUUCAGAAUACUCCCCGGAGUUAGAUGAUCUCCAUCUUGGCCGAAACUGCAUGUUCUCUAUGCAUUUAGCCAAUUCUGAGGUAUUACAGUGGUUGCCAGAGAAAUUAGCGAAAUUGCCUGCAUCUUUUCAGCAGGACAUCAGGGCUCUGAUAGAUAGGUUUCCAUGUCAUGUAUUUACAUGCCUCGCUGCUGCUUCCCUGGUUUUGAAUUUAGAUAAGUGUGAAUUUGGAAAUGGGGUUGUCUCGUAUCUUGGGAAAGUUGUUGGACAAGGUCUGGUGAAACCUUUGGAUGCUAAAAUCCAGGUCAUCUAAACAUUUCCUGCUCCCAAGAUGAGGCGAGACCUCAGGCGUUUCUUGGGUAUGGCGGGCUAUUUUCGUUGUUUCUGUAAGAAUUUUUCUGAUGUUGUGUUGCCACUCACUAACCUGUUACGGCAGAAUGUUGUGUUUAACUGGUCCCCAGCAUGCCAGUCUGCUUUCAAAUCUGUGAAACUCCUCCCAACCAGUGCUCAGGUUCUCUCUGCCCCUAAUUUGGGAAAACCCUUCAAGCUGGAAGUUGAUGCCAGUGGUACUGGUGCGGGUGCUGUGCUGAUCCAAGAGGAUGAUCAUGGGGUGGAUCACCCGGUGUGUUACUUCUCCAAGAAGUUUCUGAAACACCAACUCAAUUACAGCACUAUCGAGAAGGAGGCCCUUGCUUUACUAAGGGCACUACAGCAUUUCGAGGUAUACCUUGGUAACAGUUUAGCUCCAGUCCAGGUUUAUACGGACCAUAACCUACUAGUUUUUUUGCAUAGAGUGUGUAAUGGGAACCAGAGACUGAUGCGUUGGUCUUUAAUUGUACAAGGUUUUAACCUAGUCAUCCACCAUAAGAAAGGUGUACACAACGUAAUUGCGGACACCCUGUACCAUUGUUAGUCUGUCUAGUUUUUUAUGUGCUAUGUUGUUGUGAACCCAGUAGUAGGGGUUCACAUUUGUGUGUGGGGGUGUUACGACCCGCAGUAUCCUGCGGUAUGCCUUGGUUGUGUGUCAUUCUGUGCAGGUAUGCCAAUCCGGAAUCCAGUCCGGCCCACCUUGCCCUGCUGCUCCACGCCUGGAUUUUGUGGCUGCCGUCUACAAUGAUGUCAUCCAGAGGCGACAGUAUUUAAAGCCCCGCUGUGACGCGGGGGUGUUUUGACUUGCCUGACUGUUGUUUGAUUCUGAACUUGGAUUGCCCCUUGGUACUUCUGCUGUCUGUAAAAAGCUACUAUCCGCUGUAUAUUUGUAAAUAUUAUUCUUUGCUAGUUUUCACCGGUAGUAGGGGUGCGGCCGCCAUUUAUUUUGGCAGUGGGUUUUAUCUAUGUUUCUGCUUAGAGAGUUAGGGAAGUAAUGCUGUAUUUUGUUUUGGUGUUUCUUUUAGGAAGGUAGUUCCCUAUAACAGUGUCUUUUGUUUAUUAUUUUGGCCUU